AUGAUUCGCGAACAAGCCAUCAUUGUGGCGGAGUACGAGGGGAUGCGUGGGGGUGGUCAUGACUACCAAUUUCACUGCGGACGCAGCUGGCUGCGAGGGUUCAAGAAACGUUACGGUAUCACCGACGGCGUCAUCACCCGUGUCGGCUACACACCCGCGGAUCUCGCCAGGGAGAAAGCUUAUGGGUCCUAUCCGUUGGAUGACCCUUUCUGGAGCCAGCUGCCAGACGAGCACGGCAAUGUUCCCCUGCCAUUCGGCCGUGAUAAGACCGAAUUCGACGACAUGGACUUCGAAUUCGACGGCCCCUUCGUGGUAUAUAAGCCACGUGUAGAUCCCGCGGCUACGCCAACCGACUACGCUGCGUUACCUCCGUCAGGGCUAGCCACCCCUUCCGAGGAUGUGACACCAUUGAUAUCCCAAUCCCAACGACACCACGUCUCAUUCGAUCUCUCAUCAUCGUCUUUCGAUACGUCACAAUCUGGUGUCGAUUCGGUUUCGGAAAGCAAGGCGUGGUCUUUUACGAAUGACCCGCCCAACGGACAGUCGGCCUGGGAAGCCUCCUACAGACAGUGCCACUUUCAUGAAUCGUUCACGAGAGAGACAUCACUAUAG